AUGCAAUCAGUAUCUUUGUCAGAACAGCAAGCAGAACAAAUGAAAGCUUUGACUCAGCAGUGCAUUCAAAACUUCCAUCAAUUUAUGGAUGUAAGAAUUUCUUUUUUUACCAUAUUAGGAAUCAUACGAUAGAGUCAAUGGAGCCAUUGACUCCAUUUAUGAGUAAAUGUGUUUUAAGCCAGCCCCUGAAUAGAACCCAAGUACCAAAAUUGUCAAAUUACCUGAUGCUCCUCAAGUAAAGAUAGAAAUGAUAAUCAAUAUCACUCCUGAUGAGACCAAAUCAUUUAGGUAAAAAAGAAGUUUUUAAUUAAUAUAAAUAGACGUGUGUAAUAGAAGGUAGAAGUAGUACAAGAAGAGCAGGAGGUAUUUGAGAGAUAGGAGGAUCUCUUAUAAAUUUUAUCUAAUGCUAAUUAAAUUAUUAUUGAUGAUGACUCAUCAUCAAUAUUCAAGAAACUCUUAGAUAUGCUCAUAAAGGAGUAAAUUAAAGACUGUGUGGCAUAUCUCUAAUCACUUAUGAAUUAAGAUAAAAAGGAGAAGGAAUAAAUUAGGAAGAUAAUAAAUAUUCUAAAGAAUAUAAAAUAUCAUAAAUUCAAUUAGGAAGACUAUUCCUCAGAACAAUUUGAAGAAAAUAAAAAGAAUCUGAUAAAAAAGAUAGAAGGUGAUAAGAACAUGAUGGAGUUACUAAAAUUUUUAGUCCAAAUUACAAGUAUAGAUGAUCAAUUCAUUUAAUGUGGAUCCAAUUCACUUCAUAUGCUGGUAAUGAUGAAGGUAGAUCUCAGAAACCAAUGCUUUGAAAAUAUAAGGAUGAAGAAUACUUCUUUGAUUGGAGGAAACUUUGUAAGAUGUAAUAUGAAUGGAUCACAAUUUGAGAAUGUGGAUAUCAGUGGAGUCAAUUUUAAUGGCGCUUAGAUGUUUAAUUGUUAAUGGAAGAACAUUAAAGUUCAUGAAUUGAAUAAAUUAGAUGGCCAUAGUCGGAGUAUAAGAUCAGCAUGUUUCUCUCCUGAUGGAAAUAUAUUAGCUUCUGGUA